AUGGUUCCCAAACUCCCCACUCGUCAACUUGGCAAAGAUGGCCCCCAGGUGACAACCCUGGGGUUUGGCACUAUGGGACUUUCGGCGUACUAUGCACCCGCUGCACCUGAUGAGGAACGUCUCCAAUUCCUAGAUUAUGUCUACAACAGUGGCAUAGUCAACUGGGAUACAUCAGAUGUGUACGGAGACAGCGAACUACUCCUUGGAAAAUGGUUCGCCAGAACCGGGAAGCGGGAUGAAAUCUUCCUUGCUACGAAGGGCGGUGCUGGUGUUGACGACCAAGGCAACGCUCUCGUCAGGAGUGACCCUGAGUAUAUCAAAGGGGCUUGUGAUCGGAGUCUGAAGACACUCGGACUGGACUCUAUUGAUCUGUAUUAUAUUCACCGUUUGGAUAAGGUCACUCCGAUUGAGAAGACGGUCGCUGCUAUGGUAGAACUGAAGAACGAUGGGAAAAUCAAGUAUCUUGGACUGUCUGAGUGUUCUGCAAACACGUUGCGUCGAGCGUGCAAGAUCCACCACAUCGCUGCUGUCCAGAUCGAAUAUAACCCGUUCAGCCUCGAUAUUGAACAAAACGGCCUGCUGGACGCAUGUCGUGAACUCAGCGUGGCAGUAGUUUGUUAUGCGCCUCUUGGACGGGGUUUCCUGACAGGACAACUCAAAUCGCCAGAUGAUUUCCCCGAGGGCGACAUACGCCGUUUCCUACCCAGAUUUUCGCCCGAGAAUUUCACAAAGAACCUAAAGAUUGUUGAUGCCGUGGAGCAGAUUGCUAAAUCCAAGGGUGUUAGUACUAGUGCAUUGGCCCUUGCGUGGCUUUUGGCUCAGGGUGAUGAUAUUAUCCCAAUCCCUGGCACGACGAAGACCAAAAACCUCGAUGCCAAUAUCCAGUCCUUGUCUGUUACUCUUACACCGGAAGAAAACAAACAAAUUCGAGCUGUCGUCGAGGCUGCAGGUGUUUCUGGUGGAAGAUACCACGCUGCGUGGGAUGACUCAUUCGCUGAUACACCUGAGCUGUAA